UCCACUCAAUGACUUUAUGACGCCAAUAGCCGGGUCCACACCGGACGAUCCAUCGCGCUCCGAUCGCGCGCGGCAGCAGCGCGAUCCAAAGAUGCAGGCGGUGUGGACGUGCCGCGCGCGAUCCAUGCGCACGUAUUGGAGCGCGCGCUCCCUACCUCGCGCGAUCCGUGUGCGGUCGGUUUUUGUGCCAGCCUCAAAGGUGCCUCAGUUGCGUGAUGCGCGCGGUGUGGACGGUUGUGUUGGUUCGCGCGAUCCACCUCGCCAUGAACAUCUCAGAAAGUCGCCGUUUGAUAUCGCUUUAUAAAGAAUUUAAAUGUUUAUGGGAUCCCAAAGAUUCUAAUUACACCAAUAGAGGUGUUAGAGAUGAUGCUUGGCGUCAGAUUUCUUGUGAAAUGGGGAAUAAGUCGAUCGAGAACCUAAAGAAAAAAAUGCGAUCUCUGGCGGGAGGCUACAGAAGGGAGAAACACAGAGAGAAGCAAAGCCGUAUAACUGGAUCCGGUGCUCAAGAUACAUAUAAAUCAAAGUGGUUUGCGUAUGAUGACUUCGACUUUAUGGCGGAUAAAAAUGAACCCGGAACCACACGCGAUACAUUGGAACAUGUAGAAUCUGAUACGACUGAAGGGGAACUUGAAGUUAAUACUACAGUGAGCGAAAACGAGAACAGUAACAUUACUAGUGACACACAACCGGAGAGAGCCAACCACCACACAGAUCAGAGUAGAGAGCAGAAUGAUCAGAAUGCACAAUCCAGUGUCCAAACAACAAACAAAAGAACAAAAAAAAAGAAAGAAAACUACUUCUAAUAAUGCAGAUGACAUAUCAGAUGAAACUCUUUCAGAGGCUUUCCAACUUCUGCAACAAUGUGCUCAGCCACCACAACCGGAAACU